AUGGAUAACGUGUUGUGGAAUCAUUCUGAAAAAGCUAUUUAUCCUAUUAAUUCUAAUUGGUGGGAAAAAAAUGAGUUAAAAAACAGAAACAGGAAAAAUAAAAAUUUGAAAAAGCAUAACUUGUUACCUGAAGAGAAGGUUGACAAAAAAGAUGGAACAGUUGAUGUUAAGGAUAGUGCAGAAUCAUGGAUAUUUAAAAACAAAUCUCUUGUAGAUUCAAGAGAAAAGAUCAUUUCAGGGAAUCCAUCAUAUCCGGCUUAUAUUAAAAAAAGCAAUACACAUGGAUUUGAUAUUCAUUCUGGUUUUAAUGAGAGGAUAAUAGGGAACGGAUUUAAUGGAAGUAAAAAUUCUUUUAUACAAAAUGUGGACAAUGGCAAUAUUGAAAACGAUUUUCUUGAUCAUUUCGAAUUAAUAGGUACAGAUGGAGAAAUAAUAUUUUCAUUCGAACCAUACUAUGUAGACAUUUAUUCUUGCAGUGAAAUUCUUCAUUUUAUAAAUAAUAAGAACAUUACUAAUUUUGGAGAGAAUUAUGACCAUAAUAACUCUUAUGAUAAGAAUGCAUUAACAAAGGAUCUAAGGAUUCAAAAUUUGUAUAAUCAAGUGAAAUUACCAAUUACACAUUGUAUUUCUGAAAAAGUUAAGAUUCUAAACAAAAUACAUAAUUUAGAAUUACCCAACAGGAAAGACCAUGAAAAUGUUUCGGGUGCAGAAAAUUCUAUAUCAUAUUACUUAUUGGUAAGUGAGUAUACGGAAUGCUUAAAAAAACAUAGUGUGGAUAUUAACAGGGAAAUACUAAAGGUUAAGAAAAGCAUAGAAGAUGAAUAUGGAAAAAAGUACUGUCCUAAUGAGUGCAAUUCGAGUGUUUAUUAUGAAAACAUACAUUUGUUUUUAAUGUUCUUAAAUAAUAAUGCAGAUGUAUUGUAUAAUUCUAUUAUUAGUGAUGCUACAGAAUUUUUAAAUUCUAGCACAGGUGCUAUUACAAUUAUAGAAAAAAUAAUAGGAUUCAAUUCUGUUAUCAACUCAAUAAAAAUAAUACAAUAUGAGUUUAAUAACAUUAUAAAAAAUUUCAAUUAUCACAUAAAAAAUAUAAAGAAUUCUGUAGAAAAAAUAAAAGCAUGUGAUAAAACGGAAAAUUCUACAAUUUUUAAUAAAGAGACUUUAGUAGAAAGAAGUUUUGAUUUAGCUAAAAAUAUGUCUAUCUACACAUUUAAUAAUGAAAUGUUUAACAGGAUUAAAUCAUUAUACGAUUUAAAAAAAAGUAAAUUUAUGGAAUUAUUUGUUCUUUUAAAAGAGAUUUUAGAGGAUAAAAUUAAUUCAUUUGCUGAAUCAGUUGCAUUCCAGAAUAAGUAUGAUUCGAUAGCUAAUGACAUAGAAUUUACAUUAGCUUUUACAAAAGAUUUACAUAGUAAAAACUCCAAAAAUAUAAAAAUGUAUGAAGGGAAUCAAGGUUUAGAAGCUAUAAUAGUUAGAAAUAAAUUUAAAGAAAAAUUAUUAACAUUAGACAGAUAUAUAGAAAAAAUCGAGGACUCAUAUAACAUCAUUAAAUCGAAAUAUGUAAUUAUUAUGUCAGCAAAAUCACUGAUAGGAGAACUUAAAAGUGAAUUUAAAUCUUCAUUAUUUGAGGAAGGUAAAUUCAAUGAUUUAACAAGAAUAAUGGAAACAAUAAUUAACAAAAUUAAUGAAAUAAAUGAAGGUGUUGAUAUUAUACAUAAGAAUUACUACAAUUUUAAACUUAUAGAAGUGCAAAUAGAAAAUAUUAGCACAUCUGUUAAUGGUUACAUAAACGAAAUAAAUGUAUUAAAAUCUAAAGGUUCAACUAAUGGACAUAUUAGAGAAGAAAUUGUACAUAAAAUGCUAUAUAUAAGUGAAAAUAUAAAUAAUUUAAAAAAAAUUACAGCGCUGGAAGAAAAGGCGGAUGAAAAUAUUGCACGUAUUGAUGAAUUAAUUAUGAAAACUUCACUAGAUAUUAAUGAAAUUAUAAAUAAAAAAAGUGGUGCUUACAAUAACAUAAAAAUGAUUAUUAAACAUUUAUACAGAGGUGAUUUAAAAAAAUUUUUGGAUGAAAUGUCAUUGAAGAUUGAUAAAUAUAGAAAUAAUAUUAGUCAAGGAAGUUCUACAGAUGAAUUGGAUAAUGUCCUAAAUGAUAUAAAAGAUGAUUAUGAGAAAAUGAAAUCUGUUAAAUGUGAUAGUAUAUCCGAAUCACUACAAAACAUAACAAAUGAUCUGAAUAUUAUUUUAGAUGCUAAAGAGGAAAUUAUAAAAAUGCAAAUUGGUGAUAUGAACGAAAAAUUAAAAAAUUCUUUACAACAAUUUAAAAGUGCUUAUGACAAAUUAAAAGUUAGCAUAAUAGAAUAUAAGAAUGAAAAGGGGAAAAUUGAAGAACAUAAAACUACUAUAAUGAAUAAAGAAAAGACAUUUUUUGAUAAAUCUUAUGAUAAAGAUGAUGAUAUGUUAGAGGGAAAGGAUGCUUAUGAAAAUUUUGUAAAAUAUAAGGAUAAUUUUGUGAAGAGGAGAAGUAAAUUAUUCGAAGAAUUUCAUAUAGCAAAAGAAGCUUUGAAAAAAUCCAAAGUUUAUUUAUUAUCAUAUGUCGUUAUACCCGAAAAGUAUAACAUAAUCAAUGAUGCGAAAAAUAAAGACCUUCAUGAUUUAACAAAAGAAAUUAAUAACAAAGACAUCGAUAAGAAGAUACAAGAAUAUGAAGAAGAAUUUAGCAACAAUAACAAAUUAUGUGAUAAUAUAAUAAAAGAAAUUGAAACAUCAAAUAAAAAUUAUAAUAAUCUGAAACUUAUAAACAGAUCCAUUAAGGAAUGCUCAAUGGACAAUGAACUAAUCGAUCAAUUGAUUAAGAAAAAGAAUGCAUUAAGGGAAGGUAUACUAUCCGAAUUAAAAGAAUUAGAUGCUGUUAUUGAUAUGGAGCAGAAUAUGAAAGAAAAAUUAAAAGUAAAAUUAAACGGUGCUAAUAAUAAUGUUGAUGAUAAGCUUAAAAAUGACGUUUUAACUGAAUUAAAAACAAAAAUCAACAAUAUAUUAGAUUUCUAUAAAAAUUCCAAGGAAAAAUAUAAGGAGUUAAGCGAAACAGACUUAAUCAAAAUAAAGAAUAAUGAUGAAUGGAUGAGCGCUAAGAAAUUGUUAUCUGAUUUAAAUAUCGAAUAUGAAGUAUUAAAAAAACAAGUGGAUGAUUUAAUAAAUAACACAAAUAGUAAUGUUAUAAAAUGGAUUGAUAAUAAAAUACAGGAAAAAAACAAAGAAAUAGAUGAAAAGGUGGUGAAACAUGUAAAUUCUUUUGAUGAUAUAAUUGCAAAAUCUAAAUUGUAUACUUUUAUUACACAUAUUGAUCAUUACAAAAAUGAGGAUAAUAAAGAAAAAGCAAAAACAUUUAAUACGGAAUUAGAAGGGUUUGUUCAAAAAAUUAACACACAAAAGGAAGAAUUGAAGAAAAUUAAAGAAAAAUCUACUCAAUAUCUUGCACAAGCGAAUAUAAAGAAAAGUGAAAAUACAGAACUCAAGGAUAAAAAAAAGGCCAUAAAAGACAUUUAUGAACAAAUUAGCAAAGUAUAUGAGGAAUUGAACAGCACACUGGGAAAAAUAGUCACAUUACAAGAUUUAGAGAAGAUAGAAUUAAAAGUUGAAAAGAACGAAAUUGAUGACCUAUACAAACAGAUAACCGAUGAAGAGAAAAAGUCUGAAGAAUAUAUGAAAGAAAUUGAAUCCUGUAAAAAAGUUAUAGAUGAAAAAAAAAGUGAAGAAUCGAAUGAGAAACUUUUGAAUACAGAUUUUUUUAAGUUCUCUGAAUUUUAUAAUAAAGCAUCAAGUAGUCAUAGUACAAUUACAACUCAUUUGAACGAACUUAAAAGUGUAAUUCAGAAGUAUAAUGAGAAUGAAAAAAUUAGUGAAGUAAGAGGCAUUAAAAAAAAAACAGUUGAUUGUUUGAGACUCAUUUUAACGAAUAAUAGCACUUUGCAUGGAGCGUUAGAAGAUAUUCAGAAUGUGAAGGACGUGUUAUUAGAAGUGAACUUUACAGAUAUUAUAAAUAUUACAGAAAAUGAUUACAAAGAAGUUGAAAGAUACUCCAAUUUGAUGAAAACUGAACAUGAAAAAUCAGAGGCUCUAAUUAAAGAAUUAGACGCAAAAUAUACUAAUGUAACAAAUAAAAAAAAUGAAAUAAAUAAAAACUUAUCUAAUCAACAUAUCGAUGAAUUUAUGAAGGAAAUAAUGCAAUACAGAGAUGAAGUAGUAAAAAAAAAAAAAGAAAUGGAUACAUUUUUAAAAAAUUCCAGUGAGUAUAUGGAGAAAGCUUUAGUACAUUAUCAUAAUGCAUAUAGAAGAAAAAAUAAAAUACUAAUUUUGAGAGAAAAAGGGGGAUCUAAUUUUCAAGAUGUUGAUAUUGAUAAAAUAAAUAAUAGUGUAAACGAGAGUAAGAAAUUAUCAGAUGAUGUUGUGGCUAAGGAAGGACAUAUGAAAGAGCACGGCAAUCGUUACAUACAACAUGAACAAAAUAUAAUUACUCUUUUAAAGGAAGCUUCUGUUAUGCAAAUAAAAAUACAGCACGAAAAGGAAAAAGAUAAAGUAACCUCUAUAAUGAAAGAAAUCAAUGAAUUGCAAUCAUAUAUCGAGAGAAAAGUGAAUGAAUCAGAGUAUAAAUUAGAAGAGUGUAAGAAACAAUCGGUGAUUAGCGCAGGAGCAGAUAUAUUGGAUAAUGAUAUGUCGAAGGAUGCAUACAUAAGUGUGAAGUUUAAUUUAGAACAAAUCGAAUAUUAUUUAUUACAUUUAAAGGAUAUAAAAGAAAGCGCAAAAAACAUUUUAUCAAAUUCUACUAAAUUAAAUGAUUCUAUACAAGGAGGAUUGUCUACAAUAGAAGGAAAUGAUUCUUUGGAUAUAUUGAAAACGGAGGAAUCUCCUUUUAUGGAAAAUUUAAAAAAGAUUGAAAAUGAGAAAAAACUAAUGGACGAUGAAAAAACUAAUGUAGAUAUGGUACACGAAAGAGUUAUUAAAAUAGAAAACGAGUUAGAAAAAUCAAAGAAAAGAUACGAAGAAGGUAUUUUGAAAAAAAUUAAGGAGAGAGCAGAUAAUAAGAAAAAAAUGAUCGAAUCAACUAUUGAAUCCUUAAAACUUAUAGAGCCACAUUUUACUGAGAUGUAUAAUGAACUAUACUUGAAAGAAUAUAACAUUAAGGAAAAAUUUUUGGGUUAUCAAAAUGAAAUGCAAAAAUUAUAUGAUGAAUUUAAUGAGUCGUAUAAAAAAAUUGAAACAAAUGCAACAACGGUUGCACAAGACAGUGUAAAGUAUGAUAAUGCAAAGAAACUAAGGGAAGAAGCCCAAGCAGCAGAAAUGAUUACUAACAGUAAAGAAGAAAAUGCCAAGAUGAAUUUAAAUAAAUGGAAACAGCAUGAAUUUAUGAAUUUUAUACUUCAGACGAAUGAAUAUUUAGAUAAAAUUAUGAAGGCAUGCGAAGAAGAUAAUACAAAAAUGAGUCAAGAGAAUGCACAAAUAGAAAAAAUUAUAAAAAAAAUUCGAAAAUUAAAAAAUGAAAAGAGUGCAAUCAAGAGUUUGCAAGAAGUAAAAAUGAAAAAUAACGAAAUAAAAAUUGAUACAGAGAAGUGUAACAAAAAUAAAUCCCAUAAUACUUUUGGAAAAAUGAUUAAAUCAUCGAAUUUUAUGGGUAUUAAAAUAUUCACAAACUUAGGAUUUGAGUUAACCCCUGAAAUGAAUAUAGAAACCAUUUCACAAACAAAUUCAGAAUUAAAAUAUGAAUCUGAGGUGGAAAUAAAACCAGACAAUGAUGUCAAGUUAGAUUAUUACAAGAAUUUACAAGUUGCCUAUGGAUAUAUACAGAAAAUAUUCAAAUAUUCUGAGCACACAGCCAGAAAACAAGAAGAAAUUGAUGGAUGGAUAAAAGAAGGAAAUAAUAUAUAUCAUGAUAUUAAAACAUCGAAUGAAUUAGAAACUAUACUGAAAUAUACAAAAUAUAAGGGAAAUGUUACAUUAAAUAAUAUUAAUGAUGUCUUGAGCAAAUCUACUCAAUUAAGAGGACUUAAAUGCCAUAUUGAGAACUAUAACAAUAUUUUAGAAAAUUCAGAAAUUACAAAAUUUAAGCAAUUAAGCGAUGAUUAUAAUAAGGAGAAGGAUGAUUACUUAAUCAAAUUGAAAAUGGAUGAAAUAGAUAAGGAAUUCAAAAGUAUCAUGAUAAAUGUAGAAAGUUUAGAAAAAGAGUUUGAAAAAGUUCGAGAACAAGAAUCACACAGCGAAAUUAUUAACGAUGAGAAUUCUCAAAUUGUUGAGAUUCAUAAAAAAAUAGAUAAUUUAAAUAGUAGAGUUAUACCAAUUGUUAAUAGUCUUAAUAAAUUGCUAAUAAAAGGAAAAUCAUGUGAGAUGUCAUUUUAUGCUUCCAUAACUGGUAAUAUAAAUGCUGAAAUUUCUAGUGACGCAAGAGUUAUGAAUAACUUAAAGGAAAAUUCCGAAAAGGAUAUAGAAUACAUAAAGAAAAAGUUUAAUAUCAUUAAUGAUGAUAUUCGUGCAUUAAAUAAAAAUUUUCAAUCCAGUAGAUUAAAUAAUUACCAGUUAUCAAAUUUGGAAGAAGCAAUUAAGCAUUCUAAUGAUUUAAAUGCAAAAGAAAAAGAGGCAACUGAAAUAAUUAAUGAUAUGAAAAAAGAAUUCAUAGAUGUGAGUAGAGAGGUAGAAAUGAAUUCUUUAAAUGAUAGUAUAAAAAAGAUCAUAGAACAAUUCGUAAAAGUGAAAGAUAAAAUAAAACAAGUUAAGGAUAUUUAUAAAAAUAUCAAUAUAGUAAAAUUGAGAGAUAUGGAUGAUAAUUUAGAUAAAUAUCUAGAAGUAGCAAAGUUUUUUAGAAACAUAUUAGACACUCAAAAUAACAAAUUUUCGCAGAAUCAUGAGGUACUAAAGGAUGUCGAAAAGAAUAUAACAGAAAAUGUAGAGGAACUAAAAUCUAUUAUUAAUGUGUACACAUUACAAUCUAUUGAAAAGUUCAACAGGUUAAAUAAGAGCAUUGAGGUUAAUAUGCAAAAGUUUCAUGAAAUAGAAGAAGUUAGUAAUAAUGAUGAAAAACAAGUGAAAGCAUGUAUAGAAAAUAUUUCCCAUAUUAUAAACAGAGGUAACAAUUUGUUUACUGAUUUAAAUGAUUAUGAUGUUACAAGCAAUAGUGUAUUGAAAGAAGAUAAGGAAAUAACAAAUACUAGAAAGGAUUAUAUUGCAAAAAUUAAAGAAAAAGUAAAUAAUAUGAUAAAAGAACUUCAAAAUCUUUUAGAUGAAAAUAUUGAGAAAAAUAAGUCACGUGAACAGAUUAUUGAAUAUUUAAGCAGAUCUAUAAGAGAAUUGUGGAAAAGUGUAAAUGAUGUAAAAAUAAUUUAUUCACAAAAAUUUCCAGAAAAUGAUGAUUAUUUUCAAUUAAACAAUUAUCUAAACGAUAUAAAAGAUAUUAUGAAUGAAAUAGUUGUAGAUGGAAGUAUAGAAGAAUAUAUAAAUAAAGUUUCUCAAAAUAUUCAAGAACAAAUAGACCAUGUACAAAAAUAUCCUAAUAUUGAAUAUAUAAUGAAAACAAAGGAAAAUAUGUUAUCCUACAAUGAAGUCUCAAAUAAUAUAUUACAAUCAUUGAAUUCUGCCCUGGAUAAAAUCGCAUUAAAAAAACAUGACAUGGAUAAUAUAUUCAGUGUAAUAUCUGUAAAUAUGAAAAAUAGUCUAUAUAUGAAUACGAAAAAAUAUAUUAAUGAGGCAGAUGAUAUAUUUAACAAAUUAAAAAUGGAUAAACAUAAGUUGGAAGCUUUUAUAAAUAAUAUUAGGCAGAAAAUAAUACAACUAGAGGAGGAGAAAGGCAAGCUCAAAGCUAACCGUGUAAGUGAUGAUUUAAAUGGAAAUACUAAGAAUGCCAUUAGUGAUGAAGAUGAUGAACUAUCAAAUGAGUUUAUAGCAGAUUCAGGGGUUAAUAGAAAUCAAGAUGAACAAAAUAGUGUAACUACUGAUUCAGAAGAAGGUUUUAACGAUUCUUUCCAUACUAUGCAAGGAUUAAAUAAAUAUAAUAAGAAUAUUGAUAAAAGUUCAUACAAUUCUCAGGAAGGAGAUUCUGAUAGUGGAAGUAGUAAUUCAAGAGGAAAAAAUUCAGGUAAAAGAAAUUUCUAUGCUGGAGGAUUUAUGCUUGUAUUUAUUAUUUGUUCAGUUGCUGGAUUUACAAUCACUAAUUAUAAACAAUAUGAAAUAGAAGAAGCCGAUUUGGAACCAAAUGAUUAUCUCGAAAAUGACAUAGAUAUUAAUGAACGAGAAAAGGAGGAGUUUAUUGAAUUCACUAUUAAUGAAAGUGAAGAAUAUGACUAA